AUGGCUGAACCAGCAACUGUAGAUAAAGGCUCAGGCAUACCGGUGCGGUUCAUCGUGGCCAUCAUGAUGUUUUUUGCUUGUGGUAUUAACUACAUGAUGCGAGUUAAUGUUAGUGUCAAUAUCAUUGCCAUGGUGCCUCGAGAUGUAACAAAUAAAAAGCAGCAAAGUGAGUGUGCGAGCACGCAAACAAAUAAAUCUGAAGUAAUGCAGCCACCUGGCACACCAACGUUUAAUUGGACAAAUCAGGAACAAGCUUAUGUACUGGGGGGAUACUUUUGGGGAUAUGCGACCUCUUGUGUAGUAGGAGGUACGGUGGCCGAGCAGUACGGCCCGAGGAAGGUAGUAUUCUACACGAUGAUUAUCGCGGCUAUAUUGACAGGACUGACUCCGCCUGCAGCAAUGAUAAGUGUUCAAAUGCUUUUAGCGUCCAGAGUAGUGGGUGGCCUAGCAGCGGGAUUCCUCUUUCCAUCACUUCACGCGUUAUUGGCGCGUUGGGCGCCUCCGCAGGAAAAGAGCAAAUUUGUGAGCGCACUGUUAGGCGGUGCUAUUGGUACAGCAUGCACGUGGUCAUUGUCAGGACCUCUCAUCAAAGCUCUUGGAUGGCCUUACGCGUUCUACAUCCAAGGACUGAUAGGCGUUACUUGGUGUUUCGUUUGGUUAUAUUUGGUGCACGACUCUCCUCGAACGCAUCCUCGUAUCUCCAAAGGAGAGAGAGAAUAUAUUUUAAAUGCGAUUGGAGAUAAAAUUGCCCAUGGCCAGAAGGUUAAAACACCGUUCAAGAAGAUCUUGACAUCGUUUCCCUACCUGGCUAUGGUGGUGCUACAUUACGGCAACGACUGGGGUAUUUACUUCAUCAUGACAGCUGGUCCUAAGUUCAUAUCUGGCGCUCUUGGGUUCGACCUCUCAUCCGUUGGCAGUCUAUCAUCAUUGCCUUACAUCAGUCGAAUGUGCUUUGCCCUUGGUUUUGGAUAUAUUGGUGACAGAAUAAUCGAGAAGCAAUUAAUGAGAACAAUAUACGUGAGAAAGUUUUUCACUAUAUUUUCUCAUAUCAUUCCGGGAUUACUUCUCUUCGCACUGGGCUACGCUGGCUGUAGACCUAUGCUUUCAGUGGGACUGAUCAGUUUCUCCUUGGGAUUAAAUGGUGCAGCUUGCUUAACCAACCUGGUGAACCAUCAGGACCUGGCGCCCAACUUUGCUGGCACAUUAUACGGCUUGGCAAAUGGUGUAGGAAAUACUGCUGGCUUCAUCACACCAUUGGUCACUGCUUACUUUACAAGAGACGGAAAUGGAUUCGCACAAUGGAGACUAGUAUUCCUAGUAGGUUCUUUGUUGUAUAUUUUAACGGCAUUUUGGUUCAUAAUAUUCGGUACAUCCGAAACACAACCUUGGAACUACCCAGAAAACAAUGAGCCAGGAGGACAACGUAAGAAGUAA